AAUGGACUUUUGCUCUCUGGUCAAAAAAAUCCCCAAAAACCCCUCUCCAAUUUCAUUUCUCUUCCUCCAAAAAAAGAUUCUCUCUUUCUUCCUCAGAAACUGAUUCACAAAUCUCUUCUCGUUUCCCGUUUCAAAUGGCGCCGGUGACGGAGCAUCAGGGGUCGUUCCUAAGUCGAAUCAGCCGUCGCAAUCAAAUCGUUUCCAUGGACGUCAACCACGACCAAGAACUCAAAGAACUCGAAGAUUUCCAGAAACACGUUGCUCAGCGCUUCACGGAGUUAAUAUCUCCGUCAGAAGAAUCCGACCCGAUGCUCUCGAUCCAGUGGCUACGGAAGCUUCUCGAUGCUUUCAUGUCUUGCGAAUCGGGGUUUCAAUCGGUGCUAACCGCGAACCCGGCUCAGAUCUCUAAACCGCUCGUACCGGAGACGCUCGACCGUAUCGUUAAGGCGCUUGAUAUCUGUACAGCUGUAGUCAACGGCGUUGACUCAGUCAGACAAAGCCAGCGUCUCGCUGAGAUCGCCGUUACGGCGUUGAAACAGCAGCCGUUAAGUGACGGAAGCGUUAGGAGAGCUAAACGGGCUCUCACAAGCCUCCUCGUCGCUUUAAACGCGGAUAAGAACAGCGGUGGAAGCGGUAGGAGGACAACGACGGAGCAGUCGUCGUCGUUUGGCCGGGGCAGCGGCGGAGGAGGAUGCGUGAGCAAGAACUGGUCAGCCUCGAAGCAGAUUCAAGCAAUGGCGGCGAAUCUUGUACUUCCACGUGGCGGAGAGGCGUCUCCGAUGUUUAUAAUGAGUAGUGUGAUGGUGAUGGUGAUGUGGACGCUAGUUGCGGCGGUUCCUUGUCAGGCAAGUAACGGUUUGACGGUUCAUUUGCCGUUGCCGAGGCAUCAGGUCUGGGCUAGCGCGGCCGCGAGCAUCCAGGAGAGGAUCGGAGAAGAGCUGAAACGCAACGAGAAGCGCUGUGGUGGUGGUGGAGGAUUGAUGGAGGAGAUGCAGAGGAUGGAGAGGGUUGGGUUGAAGCUGAUGGAGUUCGCUGAUGGGUUUAGGUUUGAUGGAGAGGAGGAAGUGAAGGCGGAAGUGGAGGAGAUGGAGGAGAUUUGCCGGAAAAUGGAAGAUGGGCUUGACGGUUUACAGAGACAAGUUAGAGAAGUGUUUCAUAGGUUGGUGAAAAGCAGAAGUGAGAUUCUUGAAGCUAUUGAGCAUUGUAAUAUCUAGAUCCCUAGAGUAAAAAGAAGAUAGGGUGCGAUUGUGAUUUAUUAAAUGAUUUAUCUUUUUAUGUAUAUAAUCUACAAUUGGUAUUAGGUAUAGCCAUGUUGAUUGAUGUUCAUUCGUUCGUUGUAGGAUCCUGCGACUCGUCACAGCGACCAAUUGGUUUAAGAUAUGGCCAUGUUCUUUUGUUGUUUGUACUGAGACUAAAAAACUCUGUUGUGACUACACAGUUUGAUUUUUCUU